AUCAGGAAGUGGUUGUGUUGGUGGUUGUGAGCUGAGUCUCUGAGCUGUUGGAGUAACAAUGCCUUCAGUUCAGUAUCUGAGAGAGUUUAUCAACGAGCGGCUAACUGCUGCUGCUGAGGAAAUAUUCACAGAGUUUGAAAAAACGAUCGUCCAGUACGAGGAAGAGAUCGACCGUCAGCGCAGACUGCUGGAUAUCACCUGGAAACCUGAGAUAAAGCUGCACAGGACAGCUCCUUCAGACACCCCACAGCAACAUGUCCGCAAUGAGGACGAGGUUCAGGAGAAGAACUCAGGACAGCCUCGGCAGAUAAAAGAGGAACAGGAGGAACUGUACAUCAGUCAGGAGGGAGAUCAGCUUGCACUGAAGGAGGAGACUGAUACCUUUAUGGUGACCGUUACUUAUGAUGACAGUGACCUCAGUGAGCCUGAACCGGACAGCGACCAGCUCCUCUCUCACAGCUCUCUUGUAUAUGCAAGCCAAGAUCAGGAAGGAUGCAAGAAUUUCGAUUCAGGGUCGACUGCCAAUAGAAAUAUAAUUCAGAGUAGCAUUUCAGAAGACUUUCCUGCAUCAGAGAAUCAGUGCAACACUGACAGAGUUAGCAAAUCUAUAAAAUGCAAUGUUUGUGGAAAACUUUUUAAGGCCUUUAGUGAUCCAUUGGCAUUUAAGAGGCAUAUGGCAAUCCACUCAGGCGAAAAGCCAUAUUCUUGCAAAACAUGUGGAAAAAGUUUCACUAAAAACAGUACUCUGUUGGGCCACAUGAGAAUUCACACAGGUGAGAAGCUGUAUUCUUGUGAAACAUGUGGGAACAGUUUUACUCGAAAAGGUAGCCUGUUGGUCCACAUGAGAAUCCACUCAGGUGAGAAGCCGUAUAUUUGUAACACCUGUGGUGAAAGAUUUUGUUACUUAUCAGCGCUUAAAAAGCAUAAAGCUGUCCACACAGGCGAGAAGCCGUAUUCCUGCGAAACAUGUGGGAAAGGUUUUACUGAACGUGGUAGUUUGUUGGUCCACAUGAGAAUCCACUCAGGUGAGAGACCGUAUACUUGUAAAACCUGUGGGAAAAGUUUCACUAAAAAAUGUACUUUAUUGGUCCACAUGAGAAUUCACACAGGUGAGAAGCCAUAUUCAUGUAAAAUAUGUGGGAUGAGUUUCAGUAAAAAUGGCGGCUUGUUGGUCCACAUGAAAACUCACGCAGGUGAGAAGUUGUAGCGCGGACAUUUCUGUGGGGAAAAGACUAUCUGUGGUGCCAAUGCGGGAAAAUGCUGUGGCUUCAUGUCACUUUUUCUCCGUUGUUUCUCUGUUCUCACCAGUGACCACAUAAAUGUAUUUAUUUUAAGAUGUAGUUAUGUGGACCAGCUAGCUAGGGGGCGCACUUCAGCGCGCUUAGCACAUACACUGUAGAUGAUGACGUCUGUUUCUUGUUUCAGAAAUGGGAAAAUAUGAAAUUGUCAGAGAGUCAGUGGGAGUUUGUCUUAUUUCCAGCAUGAAGAGAAAGUUGAGUACUCUAUCAGCACAAGAGCACCAAAUAACAACCAAUAAACAAGUGUUCAGUUCAGAUAUGAUAUGAUGAAAGUAUGAAGGUAAAACAGUGUUAAGUUUUAAUAUUCUCCUCAUUCUUUACUUUAUACUUAUACAAUAUGGUUUUUAUAUGUGGAUAAAAACAGUUAAUGGUGACAGCAGGUGAAGAAAAGUUGACACAUGUUCCUCACUAAUCUACAAAACUGACACUAAAACAAAGAUUCAUUUUAUUCAGCAGGGUUCUAGCCAGUGGUUGAUUGCCCAGUGCUGUGCCAUGCUGAGGUCGUCUUCUGCCGGGCUGAGAAUUUCACCGGUUCACCAUCUAUCGGAACGGUUCUAUCACUGCAGUUAGCAAGCGGACGCGCACUCCACACACUGUCACCUCGUUGCUGAUAUAAGACAGAUUUUUUUUUUCUCUUGGUAGAUCUCUGCACUAUGGUAUUAUUUCAUCGCAAUUUGCAGUCUACCACCAAGCAUGGCCAAUUUCGUUCACAGUGGUUCUGUUCAUGCUUGUUUUUGCGGGGCAAAAUAGCAACCAGCGUGGAACCGAGGGGGAAGUAGAGGAAAAGGGGAGCUUAAAGGAUAAUUCUGGGCUUCCUAUUAAACAUAAAAUCCCAGAAGAUUGUCUUGUUUCUUGUCUUCAUAGACUCACAAGAAUAACAUGCUAUCAUGCCGCUUGAGGAAUGUUUAUUAACAAUAGCUGCAAGUAAACCUGCAUCUUAUUUUCAGAGCAUCAACAGACUAGAGCAGGGGUGGGCAAUUCCAGGCCUCGAGGGCCGGUGUCCUGCAGGUUUUAGAUGUGCC